GGGGCAUCUUGUCCAAACCCUCGCGCUAACUCAAUUAAAUCCCCAAUAAAAGGCUCCUGCCGCUGACCUGGCACUGCACACACCGCUCAGCAGCCACUUGCCUCACCCUGCCUGUGCAUUAGCUUGACUACCAAGAUGCCUCAAUUACUGCAAAACAUCAAUGGGAUCAUCUACACCUUCCAACGCUACGCCAGGACAGAGGGCAACUGCAUGGUGCUCAGUCGGGGGGAACUGAAAAGGCUCCUGGAGCAGGAGUUUGCUGACGUCAUCGUGAAACCCCACGACCCAGCCACCGUGGAUCAGGUCCUGCGCCUGCUGGAUGAAGACCACACAGGGACCGUAGAAUUCAAGGAAUUCCUGGUCUUGGUGUUUAAAGUCGCACAGGCCUGUUUUAAGACGUUGAGUGAGGGUCCUGAGGGAGCUUGUGGACCUCAAGAGUCUGGAAGCUUCCCCCGCGGGGCCUCAGCAGAGCUGGGAGAAGGACAGAGAAGUGUCACAGAAGUGGGAGGCGGUGGGGAAGGACAGCGUCAUGAGGGGAGCAGUGGUGGCCAGGGCAGGCAGGCUUCCAGAGGGCAAGACGGGGCUGGGGCACACACCCAGGGGCCGGACAUCAGCUCUUCUCAGGUCAGUCACCGGGAGGGGCAGCACGCAUCCCAGAGACAGAAGAGAGAGAGCCAGCAGACACAAGCGAGGGGGCACGUGGAGCCAAACCAGAGAGUGGGAGAAGACCAGAGUCAUCAGACCAGUGAGUGGGUGUCGGAGAGACAGUCACAGACUAGAGAACAGAACAGAGCCCACCAGACACGUGGGACUGUUACUGGCACCAUAACUCAGACCCAGACAGGUGCCACCCAAACCAUGGAGUGGGACAGGAACCAGAUGAGCCAGGUAGCCACUAGAGGACACGAUCAGAUACCUACAGGGUCACACACCCAGACCGUACAGCAGGACAGGAGCCACCAGGCAGGAAGCACUAGCACCCAGACACGGGAGUCCACCCAUGGCCAGACCAGAGGAACUGAGACCCACACUCAAGACAGGAGCCAGAUGAGCCAGGUAGCCACAGGAGGGCACGUUCAGACACAGACAGGGUCACACACCCAGCAGGGCAGGAGCCACCAGACAGGAAGCACUAGCACGCAGUCACGGGAGUCCAUCCAUGGCCAGACCAGAGGAACUGAGACCCACACUCAAGACAGGAGCCAGAUGAGCCAGGUAGCCACUGGAGGACACGUUCAGACACAGACAGGGUCACACACCCAGCAGGGCAGGGGCCAUCAGACAGGAAGCACCAGCACCCAGUCUCAAGAGUCCACCUAUGGCCAGACCACAGGGACUGAGACCCACAGUCAAGACAGGAACCAGAUGAGCCAGGUAGCCACGGGAGGGCACAUUCAGACACAGACAGGGUCACACACCCAGACCACCCAGCAGGACAGGAGCCAGACAGGGGCUAGAGGACAGGGACAGACCCAGACACAGUCAGGCAGCUGUGAGGCAGAAGAGAUCGUGCCAGGAGGUCAAGCCCAGGCUGGGAUCAGCACCCCAACAGGCACACAGGACGGCAGCAACACUCACUCAGGGAGCAGUGGGACAGGAGGGCAGGAUGAAAGAGAGCCCCUGGUCAAGGAGGAGUGGGUUGAUGACCAGACAAGGGACACAGUGAUUGGAAGGCAGGACCAGGGCAGCCUGCACAGCGCCCAGCCAGAAGGGAAGCGAGAGCUCACAGCCAGGGGGCUGUAUUCAUACUUCACAAGCAACAAGCCAUGAGCGUCCCAGCCCUGGAUCCCAGUGCCCAGUGCCAGAAGAAGACAGCUGGAGAGGCAUUGGCUUAUGCUUCCCUGGCCAGUCCGGCUGGCAUGUCCCUGAACAUCAGAUCUUAAUCAUGGUGCCUCUCUCUUAGGUCUUUCUCAGUGAGGCCAUUUCUGCAAGGUGCUUUCUCUCCUACACUCUUCUCUCUCACCUGCUCUGCUGUGCAGACCAUCUCAGCAGCAGGAAGACACAGAACAAGUCAUCCCUUUUACCGAAUGUUCUUCAGCUUAUGGAGUUUUCAGAAUUGCUUUUCUCUCUGCCCUCUGUCCACCACCCCACCUAUCCUGGUGCAUCAAUAAAACCCAUCUAAGGA